AUGUGUCCCUUCUCGGUAGAUAGUGGCGCCGGCGAUGAAGCCAGAGCUCCUGAUGCCCUUGAACCCAUUGCUAUCAUCGGUCUUGCAAACCGUUUCCCUCAACAAGCCUCAAACACCCAAGAUCUAUGGAAACUGCUUCUAGAAUCCCGUUCAACAUGGUCACCUAUACCUAAGGAAAGAUUCAACGCGGACGCUUUUUACCAUCCUGACCCCGAACAUGGAGGAACAUUUCACGUCCAAGGAGGUCACUAUCUCUCUGAAGACCCCGCCUACUUCGAUGGAUCGUUCUUCAAUAUCACCAAGACUGAACUCUUGACUCUCGAUCCUCAGCAGCGGUUAAUCAUGGAAAACGUAUAUCAUGCUUUGGAAAAUGCAGGUAUCCCACUAUCCAGUGCUGUUGGUUCCAAUACUUCUGUUUUCGUCAGCGGGUUCAAUCAUGACUACCUUGGAAUUCUCAACUCUGAUCCAGAAACGUCUCUCAAAUACAAGCCUACCGGUGUCACAAAUGCCAUCCUGUCAAACCGUGUCAGCUGGUUUUUCGACUUCAAAGGUCCCAGUAUGACCAUCGACACAGCUUGCUCAAGCAGCUUAGUGGCCUUGCAUCUUGCUGUGCAGAGCUUGAGAUCCCGAGAGACCAACAUGGCCAUCGUUAGCGGCGUAAGUAUCCUUAAGAACCCGGUAGAAACCAUCGGCAUGAGCCACCAUGGUCUUCUGGGGCCUCAAGGACGCUCGUUCAGCUUUGACUCACGUGCCGAAGGAUACGUACGAGGCGAAGGGGUUGGUACGGUUGUGGUGAAGCCUCUGUAUGCCGCACUCAGGGAUGGGGACUCUAUUCGUGCAGUAAUUCGUGAGACAGGAGCCAAUCAGGAUGGCCGCACAUCGGGAAUUACAGUGCCUAGUGCCGACGCCCAAGAAAGACUUAUACGUGAGGUAUACUGGAGAGCCGGUCUCGACUUUGAAGACACACGACUUGUGGAAGCCCAUGGCACGGGAACGAGGACCGGAGACCCCAUCGAGGCCGGCGCUCUUGCCCGCGCAUUCAAAUGCAGGCGAGACACUCCACUCUAUAUUGGGGCUAUCAAAACUUCCAUCGGGCAUCUAGAAGGAGGUUCCGGAGUAGCAGGCAUUAUCAAAGCUAUUCUCACACUUGAAUCCGGCAUCAUCACGCCAAAUUAUGAUAUGAAACAAGUCAACCCUGAGAUCUCUGCAGCAGACUGGGGCAUCGCUUUUCCCACUGAGAAUAUUCCGUGGCCAUCACAGGGCUUGCGAAGAGUGUCAGUGAAUUCGUUUGGAAUUGGUGGUACCAAUGCCCACUGCAUCCUCGACGACGCCUACAAUUACCUCAAUGAACGCCAUCUGGCAGGAGCUCACUGCACUACCCCAGUUGCUCCAACAAAACAAAACAUCAAGCGCCAAGUUUUGGCCUUUCCAAACGCUGGCAAUGAUAUAGAACAAAGUUUCUACGAAAGCACAGAGGAAAGUGAUAACCCAGGGAAUGGAUACGUCUUUGUUGACACACCUUCAACCGAAGACUUCUGUUCAUCACCCACUUACAAAUCUAUUGGCUACACAACUAUGGGUGAACAACAGAAGAUUCUCCCGCUCUCCGCAUUCGAUGAAGGUGGUGUCAAGCGAAAUGCAUCAGCUCUAGCCAACUACCUCAAGCGCAAGAUGAAGCAGUCGGGUCUCCACACACAACUUCUCGAUGAUCUUUCCUUCACGUUGUCCAAGAAACGAUCCCAAUUUCCUUGGAAGAGCUAUGUCAUGGCUUCUUCUGCCAAGGAGCUUGCAUGGAGCCUGUCGGAAUGCAACUAUGUCAAGCCCAUCAGAGUUACCCAAACGCCGGCUAUUCAGUUUGUGUUCACCGGCCAAGGUGCUCAGUAUCAAGCCAUGGGCCGAGAGCUGAUGGUAUACCCUGUUUUCAGAGAGUCUCUGAAAGAGGCAUCUGACUACAUUCGUCGGCUUGGUAGUCCCUGGUCAUUACUAGACGAACUUUUGACUGAACGAUCAUCACUUCGAGUCAACUUGCCCGAAGUUGCCCAUCCGCUAUGCACCGCCCUGCAAGUAGCUCUUGUGGAUCUUCUAGCCAGCUGGGGCAUCUUCCCAACACAUGUCAUCGGCCACUCAUCCGGUGAAAUAGCAGCUGGCUAUUGUGCUGAAAAACUAUCCCGUGAAGCUGCCUGGAAAGUUGCAUAUUUCCGUGGAUAUGUGUCAUCCAAGCAACUCUCGGCAAACGGAGCAAUGAUGGCAGUAGGUCUCCCUGUGCAACAGCUAGAGCCUUAUCUGGAAUCAGUACUGGAGGACCUCAAUGGAGAACUCAUCAUUGCCUGCCGAAAUAGUCCCAAGAACAACACUGUUUCUGGAGAUGAGCAUUUAGUUGACUACCUUAAAAACCUUCUUAACGACGAUGCAGUCUUUGCACGAAAACUGAAUGUGAAGAACGCCUACCACUCAUCUCACAUGCAAGCCAUCGCUGAGGACUACCUCCGCUUAAUGGGCACACUUCCUCAUGGAAAGCGAUUGGGCGCGCCACACCCAGUGCAGAUGUUCUCUACCGUGACUGGAAAGGAAGUCAAGGAACACCAACUGCCUGGUCAAUACUGGGUGGAUAACAUGGUAUCUCCAGUUCUUUUCACCGCCGGCUUGACUGAAAUGAGCUCUCAAUCUGCUUUAUGCGUUGGCCCAAGCGACUUUGAUGCCUUGCACUUCCUAGUGGAAGUAGGACCUCACUCAACUCUGCAAAGUGCAAUCAUAGAAACUCUCGCCUUCAACAGCCCUAAACUGGAAUACAAAUAUUUCCCAGUGCUCAAACGAACAGAUCAUAACCUGAACACCAUCCUUACCACAGUGGGCUGCUUAUCUGCCAAUGGCUAUGAUUUAGACUUCCAUGCCGUGAACCAAGCAUCAAAAUCUCAAGCAAAAAGACGAUCCCAGCUCUUGGUGGACCUGCCACCAUACAGCUUCAGGCAUACGGAGAAGGUCCUCUAUGAGAGUCGAUUGAGCAAGAACCUACGAACAAGAAAGUUCCCACGUCAUGAUCUGUUCGGUGCACCAAUCGCAGAUUGGAAUCCAACUGCACCAAGAUGGAGGCAUUUUGUCAGGUUAGACGAAAACCCAUGGCUGAGGGACCAUGUUGUCACCGGCAACUACGUUUACCCUGGUGUGGGCUAUCUCGUCAUGGCCAUCGAGGCGUCCCGUCAACUGGCUGGUGACGGAACGCUUUCAGCGAAAAUCACCGGAUUCCGUGUCCGACAUGUUUCUAUCAAGAGAGCCUUGAUUGUACCUGAUACAAAAGAAGGCAUUGAGGUUUCUUUGUCAAUGGCUAACGUCGACGAUGCUCCAUCGACAUCAAGGACAUGGCGACGCUUCCACAUAACUUCCUACAAUGCUUCGAGCGAUAAGUGGACAGAGCAUUGCACUGGUCGGAUCAUGGUCGAGUACGAGUCAUCAACCGAUCUGGUGGAUGCUGGCCGUGAGGCAGCAGAGGAGGCAAAUGUUUGGAAAGCCGAUCUCGCACAUGCCAACCAAGUAUGCAGUAACCCUCUCAACUUCAAAUCUAUUUACAGCAACCUGCACAAGUCUGGCCUCACCUUUGGUCCACUGUUCCAGAAUCUUUCAGAGGUUCGUGGCGGUGGGCUUGGUUCCAAAUCAGCCCUUGGAGCCGUCGUCGGAUCAGUGACUGUUCCAGAUAUUGUACAGCACAUGCCAAAACAGUUCAUGCAUCCUCAUUUAAUCCAUCCUGCCACAAUGGAUAGCAUGAUUCACCUUAUGAUUGCAGCUGUCAUGGACUACACGGGAAAGCCCACCCUGGACCAAAUCAGAUUGCCAACUUUCAUUCGUGAUGUCUGGGUGUCAGCGGAUCUCAACUCAGCUCCAGCACAUAGGUUUACAGGGCAUGCAUCUGUGUCUGCGACCAAGUCCCACAAAUAUGAGGGCAAAAUUUGGAUUCUGGAUGCGGAUUCAAGUACAGAGCGUCUCCAUAUGGAUGGUAUUGAGCUCACUCCACUCGAAAACGGCAUUUCUCAAAAUCUUGAGCGCAAGCUAUGCACUACAAUCGAGUGGAAGCCUGAUGUCUACUUCCUGGAGUCAGCUACCGCCUGUGGUUUGACAACUAUUGCACCCACAGGUGACACCAAAGCUCUGUAUUGGGUGAAGCAGCUUCAGCUUGCCACGAUGCUCUAUGUCACAGAUGCACUUGCCGAGCUUACCCAUUUUGACUUGAUGAAGCUUGAUGUGCAUAUGCAAAAAUUUGUUGAUUGGAUGAAGCACUACGAACAGCUGCUCAGGUCCAACAGAGUCAUUCAUCUUCCCUACAGCGAAUUCCAGCAAGUUGCACAGGACCUUGCUAUGAAGGAGGCCAUUGAUAAAGAGAUUGAAUCGCACGGUGCUGAAGGAGCUAUUACAGCCCGUAUGGGCCGCAAUAUUGCCAAGGUUAUCAGGCAAGAGGUUAAUCCACUUCAUCUCAUGUUCGGCCAAGAUGAUGUGAUGGAACAGGUCUACAAGGAGGGCCUCCAUCUCUACAAUCUACCUCGACAUCUUCAAAGUCACUUGUCUCUACUUCAUCACCAACAUUCUAAUUUGAACAUUCUGGAGAUUGGUGGUGGGACCGGUAGCUUCACUGCAGAAGUUCUUGCCUCCUUGUCUCCAGAUCCAGAAAAGAGGAAGGGCAGCGUGGCAAGCUACACAUUCACUGACAUUUCAUCCGGCUUCUUCGAGAGAGCCAAACAACGCUUUCAGCCAUGGGCAGAUAUUAUGAAGUUCCAAAUUCUCAACAUUGAGAGAUAUCCCAUUGAUCAAGGGCUACAGCUGGGAACAUACGACUUGAUUUUCGCUGGAAAUGUCAUCCAUGCUACAGCAAACUUGCAAACUACUUUGCAAAAUCUGCGGUCGCUGCUUCGACCAGGAGGAAAGCUCAUCAUGCAGGAAGGAGUUAGACAAGACUUCCUCUGGUAUCCGCUUGUUUUUGGACAGCUUCCUGGGUGGUGGCUUGGUGACGAACCUAUCAGAAAGUUUUGUCCUUACAUGCCUGCAGCUGAAUGGGAUACACUCUUACGAGCAUCAGGAUUCUCUGGCGUUGACAUUGAAUAUCCUAGUUCCGACGAUCCAGAUUUGACUUGGCAGAGUAUUCUGAUUUCUUCCGCUGUCACUGCCUCCCAAGGGAAGUCACUCGGUGACGCCCUCAUCAUGACUAGUGGCUCACAUCCAAAAAGCAUCCAUGAACAUCUUCAGUCUCUGCUACAGAUGAUGGGAUACAACAAUGUUCUCAUUAUGGGGCCAUCGGAGAUCAGACAUAAUGUGAACGUAGAUUGCCUUUGCAUCUCACUCCUCGACCUGGAUUACGACUAUCUUGACAAUAUAAGUGAAUUAGAAUACGAUACCUUGAAGGAAAUUUUGACGAAAUGCCAAAACAUUUUGUGGGUGACGACUGAAAGUCAGUAUCGCCAGCAUGCAAGCAUGAGCCUGGGUCUUCUCCGAUCCUUGCGCUGGGAGCGAGACGCGGACGGUUCAAACAUUAUCACUUUGACCGUGGCCAACGACAACAUUUGCCCAAGUACAACACUGGAUCAGAAAAUAUGCGAUAUUUUGAAACGUCAAUUUGGGGAUAAACCUGAGAAUGACCGCCAUGCUGAGUAUCUUCUACGCGAUGGUAUGGUCCAUAUCGGUCGCUUAGUGGAGUGUGAUAUGGCGGAUCAAUUCCUCGCCAGCCAAUCAUCUAGGCCAGGGUCUCAGCUUCAGCGAUUCGGUCACAUCGAUCAGCCAAUCCGACUGCAGGAGUCAGAAACUGGUGAAUAUGUCUGGGUUACUGAUCAGCUCCAUGAAACACCACUGGGUGAUGACGAAGUCGAAAUCUACACACAGGCGGUUGGUCUCAGUUCACCGGGUCUUUCAAACAGUCUCUCGAAUGAAGCUGCCGGGUUUGUCACGAAGAUCGGCCGUUCUGUGGAAAGGCUAAGCCCAGGUGAUCGAGUUGUUUGUGUCUCCGGCGACAAAUAUGACUGCUUCCGAACAAAUAUUCGACUUGAUCAGCGCCUGGUGGCUAAAGUCCCCAGCAACAUAUCAUUCGAAACUGCCGCUAGUCUGCCUGUUGCGCUUCUGACAGCAGAAUAUGCACUUAUGCAAUCCUUCAUUGAGACAGACCGCUUGUCCACCGUCUUGAUCCAUGACGGGAUGACACCUGUCGGCCGAGCGGCCAUUCAGGCUGCCAUGUAUUAUGGCGCCGAAGUAUAUGUCUGUGUUGCAACUGUCGAAGACCGCAUGCUCAUUGCUUCCGAAUAUGGCAUUCCAAAGCACCGGAUUUUCUCCGGACGAGCUUCCAUAUUUUCCAAGGGUAUCAUGCGAUGCACCAAUGGCAAAGGAGUGAUGAUUAGUCUUAAUACUCCGCCUGGCGAGGCAUUUCAAGAAACAUUGAAAUGUAUUUCUCGAUUCGGAAAGAUUUUCGACUUUUCAGGUUCAAUGGAAGAUGGCAGUGCCACAAUUGAUCUAGCAUCGAUUCCUCGAUGUGCGAGCAUACAAAGGGUGAACAUACCUUUGAUGGCUCGGAUGGAAUGGGAUCUAGCUCCUCUUCCGUCCGAGGAACUCAGAAAAUGUCUCGAAAUUUACUCCGAAGAUUGGAAGAAGGAGAUCCAUUCUGUAACUGUAAUGGACUUUUCCCAAAUGAAGGAAGGCAUUCAAGCCCAGAUCAGUGGCAAACCCAGAAGCAUCGUUUUCACCCUCAAUCCAUCGACCAUGAUUCCUGUCGUCCUUCAACCAACAACACCAUAUCACUUUGAUCCAAAUGCCUCCUACGUUCUUGCCGGUGGAUAUGGCGGUCUAGGUCGCAGCCUCGCAAGAUGGAUGGUAUCACGCGGUGCAAGAAAUCUGAUCUUUCUCUCCCGUUCAUCGGCAUCAACUCCAGAGAAAGUGGAAAUGAUCACCGAUCUGACCACCAUGGGCUGCAAAGUCCAUUCUCUUGCUUGCGAUAUUUCAGAUUCUCAAUGUCUCACAUCGUUUUCUGAAGGAACCUUUCCCAAUCUUCCCCCAAUCAAAGGAUGUAUUCAAGCCUCCAUGGUCUUGAGGGACGGCGCUUUUGAGGGACUCUCAUACGAAGACUGGCAAGUCGCUAUCAAACCCAAAGUCCAAGGCUCAUGGAAUCUGCAUGAGACCCUACCAAAAGGCAUGGAUUUCUUUGUCAUGUUAUCCUCAGUCGCAGGCAUUUUCGGUAACCGAGGGCAAUCAAACUACGCCGCCGGAAACACUUUCCAAGAUGCACUAGCCGCUCACCGAGUCUCACAAGGCUUGAAGGCAUCUAGUCUCAACCUUGGCAGUGUGUCCAAUGUCGGCUGGGUAGCCGAGAAUAGAGAUACGAUUUCUACGAACACAGCACCAUUGUUCGAGGUGCUCAGUGAGGAAGAAGUACAUGCAGCUGUGGAAUUUCUCAUAGAUCCCCGAAACGAUAGCGCAUCGACCAAAAACUCACUUGGCCGAUCUCAGUUGAUCCUCGGUCUUCCAACGGCAGAGAUGUGUCAUCAGCACGGUGUGGCUGCGCCUACAUAUCUCAAUUACUCAAUGUUCACCCAUUUCCGAAAUACGACUCAGACAAAGAGCGUCGAAGUUCCUGAACAGCAGACUGUCAGCAUUGGCGCACUUUUGAGAGCAGCCUCCAGCACUGCUAGCGUCGUUGCCGUGAUCUCUGACGGAAUUGUUGAUCGUCUUGCUUCUCUACUUGCCACUCCUGCCUCUGAAAUAGAUGCUCAGCGCUUUGGUUUCGGUGGUAUUGACUCUCUUGUGGCAAUGGAGUUCCGCUCAUGGAUUACAAAGGAGCUUCGGGCUGAGGUUUCUCUUCUUGAUAUCAUGGGCGCGGAGAAUAUUAGGAUAUUGAGCGAGAAGAUUGCUGGGAGGACACGGCUUGUUGGAACCCCUGCUUGA